AUGAUAAGUGCGUUCUCCCUGUUGGUGACAGCCUUGGUGGCUUUCAUCAUCUAUGACUUCAUUCAAAAGUUCCAGCGAUGGAGGAAAAUGCCCCCUGGAAUCGUGACGGGGAACGGAUCGCUUUGGCAGGACAAUCGACGCUUCACGAUGAGGACUUUGAGAGAUUUCGGGUUCGGUAAGACAACCUUAGAUGGGAUCAUAAGCAACGAAGCCUUGGCACUCUGUGAUGUUUUCAAGAAGAAGGCCAAGGACCCGUUCGAUCUGGAUUAUUCAGUCAAUGUCGCCGUUCUGAACGUCAUUUGGAAGAUGACUGCCGACGAGCAGUAUCCUCACGAAGAUGUGCGAAUGGCCAAUUUCAUGCAGUUGUUGACGCUGAACUUGGAAGACGCUCGGACUCUGGGCCCAAUCCAAUUCGUCCCUAUUUUGAAAUACCUGUAUAUACCUGCCUUUCAAGCCUACCGACGAGUCAAGAACCGAAUCGAAGGCAUCAUCGCCGGCUUCAAGGGAAAGGUGGAUGAGCACAAAAAUAAUUUUGACCCAGACAACAUCCGAGACUACAUCGAUGCCUAUCUUCAGGAGAUGAAAGCGCAGCAAAGCCGAGGAGAAGUCAAUAAACAUUUUUCCGAUCUGCAGCUGAGAGUGAACAUCCAAAAUCUGUUCUUCGCUGGUAGCGAGACAACAGCCAACACGACACGCUGGGCCAUUUUGUUUCUACUUCGGGACCCGAAAGUGCAGGAAAGGAUUCAGGCGUACCUCCAAGUUGCGGUACGGUUACAACGGGGGUACCCAAAUGGCGUUUGCACGAAUCAAGACGUGGAAUUCGCGGGAUACACGAUCCCCAAGGGUACCAUUGUUAUGGGGAACCUGUGGGCUUGCCAUUUCGACCCAAAAUAUUGGCCUGAUCCCUUCAAAUUCGAUCCGACUCGAUUUUUGGAAAGUGAUGGGACUCUCAAGACCAAGAUUCCCAGCUUCCUUCCCUUUUCUCUCGGGAAGCGUCAAUGCCUGGGUGAAUCUCUGGCAAAGAUGGAACUCUUCAUUUUCAUCACAGUCUUCAUGCAAAGAUUCAGCUUCCGUCUACCAGAGGGUGCCACGAUGCCAUCUACAGAACCAAGCUUCAGCGCCAUUGUCAACCGUCCGAGACCCUUUAAGAUUGUCGCCGAGGAAAGAACCUGAACUCAGAAGAAACUGGGGACAAAUUUGCCUUCUCUACAUCUCAAAGUUAUUAUUUUGUGCUUUCUUUUUCAAAAUCUACAGGCUGUCGAACAUUAUGAAAAUAUUGAAUGAAUUCCAAUGCAUU